CAGAAUCAAGAUCUUUUAUUUAAUUGGUUGACAGGUCAGGACGGUCAGCACAGCUGAUCCAAUGUAGCAAUCGGUCUGCAUUGUUUUCACCAUUUAGCUGCUAAACAAAACAAAACUUUGCUAUCAGCAGUCACGACCGGGCUAAAAUGGGUGCGGCUUGUUGAGGUGGAGAAAUGAAAUCGAAACCAACAUACUUGAGGUGAGCUUCAAAAGUUUCUCACCGAGUUUAGAGGUUAUUUCUUCAGGCUAAAAUUUCUAACACAUCACCGGCUUUCCAGCUGCUUUUUAUUCAGGUGAAGGAGGCGACCCAGAGGUGCUGAGGAGAGAUGUCUGCAGCAAGGAAGGAACUGCAGGAGGCCUUGGGCCGCUACACCUCAGAUACCCUCACCUGCAUCCACACAGUGCGAGGAUUCUCUGAGAUGUUCUCUAAAUGGAUGGUGUGGAGGGAGACCGAGUUGGAGAUGAUGACAGACAUCAAAACCAGGGCUGAUAAAAUCAAAAAUCAAGCUUUUUUUGAAUAUGUGAAGAACAUGUUCAGCAAGGCAAGCGCAGAGAGCAGGCGUGCAGAGCUGCAGAACGAGCUGGAUGAAGUGUUGAACGACACUCUGGAAGGUCUGGAAGAGCUCGACUGCUUCCUGGAGGCAGUGGAGAAGCUGGCCGUCACCUCGCUGCACGUGUUCACGGAAAACCGGGUGUUACACCUGCCCGAGGAGAUCAGCCUUGAUUAUGUUCAGGCCGUCAUCACCGCUGCACGACUCACCUGUCCUCUCCUCCUGGAGUUUAAACGAGAUGCAAGCGUUUUCUUCCUUCCCAAGCUUCAGAAUGUGGAGGUGUUGGCUUACCAGCUGGACAGAUACAUACAGAAGUCCAAGAGCAUCUGUGAGAAGAUGGAGAAAAGCUGCUUCAGUGACUUUUCUCUGAUGAUGACGGAGGAAUCUGUGAUUGAGCUCAGUGAGGAUUUGUCUGAAGAUGACAUACAGAGGAUGCUCGAUCAAAUUAAUCAGCUUCAUGAUAUCAGGGAGGACCUGAACUUCCGGAUGGUGUUCUUGUUUCAGGAGGAAUCGUGUGACUGCUUCAUCAAAGAGUUCAAUGAGCGACAGCCCAGGAUGCUUGACUUUCUAAACGAGCUGGAGGAGAAUGCUGUUCAGCUGGACAAGAUGAAUAAAGGGGCAAAAAUCUCCAGUGUAGCAGGCAGCUCAGUGGGGGCAGUAGGAGGUGUGCUCUCCAUUGUUGGUUUGGCAUUAAUGCCGGUCACAGCAGGAGUGUCUCUGGGUCUGACGAUGGCUGGUGUAGGGCUGGGAGUCACCAGCGGAGUCAACAGCAUCGUCACCACCGCCACAGAGGUCGGCGUUAAUCGUACACAUCAGAAGAAAGCUGGGGAAAUCUUCCAAAGCUUCAUGGAGGAUGUGACAAAACUCCAGGAUUGUCUAGAGGAGGUGACCAGACAGGCAGUGUCCAAAAUGGAGGCAAAUACCACCAGCAUGGCUGUGGGAAUAAGCAAGCUCAUUUGUAAAGCUGGUACCGUUGGGAAAAGCAUUGAUUCCUUAGUCGAUCUGGCUUCUGCUGCAAAGCUGUUAAAAAAUGAAGAGAUCAUCGCAACUGCAGGUAAAGUUGUGGCUCAGGAAGGAGGAGCAUUACGCAACAUACCCAGGGUGGCCUCAGAUAUCCCCGAUGUUGGUCAGGCAGCAGCUAAAGGGACUCUUGUUGUUUCCAAGUCAGCCAGAGCUGGUUUUAUCGCACUCAAUGCUCUGUUCCUCGGUAUGGAUAUCUUCUUCAUCUGUAAGGACAGCAUCAGUCUGUCCAGAGGAAGCGAGACUGAGGCCUCACAGUUCAUCAGAGCCAGAGCUGCACUCUGGAGCUCAGAGAUCAACUCAUGGAAAAAGAUUCAUAACUCUCUGAAAGAAGGCCUGCAGAGAUCAGGGAAAAAAGAAGCUGUCCUGGAGACGCCAUUUUAUCUGGAGCAGAUUUAAACGCGUUGUCCAGUUUCCAUCUCAUGAACUAAUCUGAAUGGAAAAAAUCUUUGUUGCUCUUUAUUUUGCUUAGAUGUAAAUUGACUGAUUUUGAGUAUGUAAACUACUUUUUUAAAGAUUUUUUUCUAAAGAUUUCUUGUCUGAAUAAGCAACAUUUUAUUCAUUCAGCUUUAUCACAAAUAAUCAUGGUCGUUCUUCACCUGGAAAACAAGACAAGUGGGAUUAAUAUGAUCAUUGAUGAGGUGUUACAUGUAGAAAAAAGUCAUGCAGAAUAAAUUCUAUAAUGGUUUGUAUUUAUACAGCGCUUUACUGUACCUGGAGUGGUUUAUUUGUUCCUUAAUUCGUGGUCAGAUUACAGGGUCACUUACAUUUAUCACUUGUUCUGUCAGGUUUAAAAAAAAUGCUUUAUUUUAUGUUGAUCAUAAGUUUUUGUAAUAUGCUUGAACUAAACACUGUAUUUCACCUUAUUUGUCUUUAUUUUGCACUUUGAUGCUGUGGAUCAGUAACAGUUUAAAGGAAAUGUGUUUAAAAAUUACAAUAAAAUUUUUAUCACUAAUGUGA